AUGUCUACUGCGCCCUCCUCCUCCUCCCCGUCGUCGUCCGCUCGCGUCGGCGUGGUGACCGGCGCUGCCUCCGGCAUCGGCCUGGCCAUCAGCAAGCACCUGAUCAGCCAAGGCUGGCGGGUCGCACUCGCCGACAUCGACGAAGCGGGCGGCCUAUCUGCACUAGCCACUCUGCCCGGCGACUCCGCAAUCUUCAUCCGCACCGACGUCUCCUCGUGGGACGACCAAGCGGCGCUCUUCAAGGCCGCCUGGGACAAAUGGGGCCGCAUCGACUUCCACGCCGCGAACGCGGGCAUCGCCGAUCGCGAACAGAUGUUUGGCCCCACUGGUGUCCCGGGGGAUGAGAGCACGCCUAGGAAGCCAAAUGUGCAGACUAUCGAGGUGGAUCUGCUCGGACCUGUGUACGGGACGUGGUUGGCGGUGCAUUAUUUCCGUCGAAACCCGGGCAGCGGCGGCAGGGUCGUUAUCACAAGCUCCCCUGCUGGCUUGUAUCCGAUGGCGCAGCAGCCGCAGUACGCUGCUGCGAAGCAUGCUCUCGUCGGCUUCACCCGCAGCAUGGGCCCCAACCUGCUCGGCGAGAACAUCACGGUGAACACGAUUCUCCCCGGCUUCGUCGCAACCUCGCUCGCGCCAAAAGAGCUGCUCGCCGUCUGGCCGGAGAAACAUACCACCCCGAUGAGCACGAUACUGAAAGCAUAUGACUUGUUCAUUAACGACGGGACAAAGACGGGACUGUGUGGAGAAUGUUCGGUCGAGGAGAUAUAUAUGAGACCGGUCUUGGACUAUCCAGAUGAGAGUCAGAGGUGGAUUGGAGUGGAGAGUAUGAAGUUGUGGGAUAAGGCGUAUGGAGUGGAGAAGUGA